AUUAUAUCUUGACGGGAUCAAGAGCUGUUGUGGUUCUAUACAGCAAACUGUGUGCAGUAAUCAGAACUGCAAAUGUAUCACCUACGAUUGGAGCAAUGGAGAAGUUCGCGCCCUUCUGAUCCAGCGCCCGAUAUCAAAUCGAUAUCAAUCCUAGAUCUCUGCGCUUCUAUUCGCCGCCUUCCUCCUCUUUAAGCCAGCGCGAAAGCUACAAGAAGUCUACAAACCGAAGUCGAAAGCCCUACUUCGUCUAUAAUGGCGAGUUGCGAGUGGGUGAAGGCUGCUGUGGUGACCGCUUGCGUCUUUGUUGCAGCCACCUGCCUGUUUGUAGCGCAAACUUACCGGCGACGGCUGCAGCGCGAGGGCUCUGCCGGCCGGCGGCGCUACUCGGAGGUGGAAGAUAAGCCCCAGAAUUAUUUUAAGCGCGUAUUGGCCGGGAAUUCGUAUGCACCUUUCAAGCAUUUCAAGCGUGAAGGCAAGGAGAAAGAAAUUUCUUUGAAAGUACAUCCAUAUGAAGAGGAGGUCAGUUUUUUGUUGGAGCACCCACCACUUAUAAAAUUCUGUAGUAAUCAUCCAAAUUCAGAUAUGGGUAACUCCUAUUCAUGGAUAAAUACCGAGCAUCAGCUAGAGUCUCUUGCUGAGACACUGCGUAUGGAAAAGGUUUUUGCUGUUGAUACAGAACAGCAUAGUCUGCGGUCAUUCCUUGGAUUUACUGCUCUAAUGCAGAUUUCUACCCAGAAGGAAGAUUUUUUGUUAGAUACUAUAGCUUUGCAUGAUGUUAUGGACAUUUUACAACCUGUUUUUGCAGACCCAUCUAUCUGCAAGGUAUUCCAUGGAGCUGAUAAUGAUGUCCUCUGGCUUCAGAGGGACUUCCAUAUAUAUGUUGUAAACAUGUUUGAUACUGCAAAGGCAUGUGAGGUUCUGGCAAAACCACAGAAAUCACUGGCUUUUUUGCUCGAAGCAUAUUGUGGUGUGUUAACUGACAAAUCUCUACAGCGUGAAGAUUGGAGACAACGUCCACUUUCUGCAGAAAUGAUUCAAUAUGCCCGUACUGAUGCUCACUAUCUAUUAUGUAUUGCUGAUUGUUUAGCCUCAGAGCUCAGGACAGCAGGACUUGGUAUUGUUUUACCUUUUUUUAAUUCGAAUCAAUGUUAAAUUGCAUAAAGUACGG